AUGUUGGAAGCGAUGGAAGUGUCAAAUGAGACGACAAUCCGCGACUCAAAUGAAUGCAAAGUUUUGUUUACAAACACAUCGAUAGGGGAUGUGUUGAGCGACGCAUGCUCGGAAAUCGACGACACCUUAAAGCGGAUCCAUUCCUCACACAAAGGGGUGAUUGGAGUGAUUGUCGUGGACUCGGAUGGCGUU